GCUCUGUCUACCCCGCAAGGGAAUAGACGGGAUAAUAAUGCUUAAAAAGAAAAAUGAAUAUACCACGGUAGAAAAAUAAUUAUGCACUUGUAAAAUGUUAAUUAUAUAAUUACAGGUUAAUGAUCUUAAAUUUCUUUGGAAAUAUGGGUUCUUUCAAGACAAAAAAAUACUAUUUAACAUCGGUGUUGCUAUUAUAAAAAAGAUUUUUCAUGACAACUGUCAAUUUUAUAGAUGUCACUUGCGUACGUAAAGCUUCAGUCAAUUUCUGAACGCGAAAGUUAACGCAUGCGUCGUGGAAGGAAAAGUGUUUGUUUGCUUGGAUUUUUGGACCAAUAAUAUUUGUAAAAUAACUUUAUUUUACACAAUUCAUUCACGUUAUAAUGCAAAACUAAGUGAUUAAGUGAAUUCCUAUUAGUUACUACGAGAAAACCAAAGUAUAUUGUGUCACUCGCAAACAAGUUUUUGUUGUUGAUCCCGACUUCCAAACUUUCGAAGACCGUGAACAGAUUUUCUUUCGUCGUGAGAAAAAAGGCGAAAGAAAACAUCGAGUGUUAUGAUCUACACGAGAAAACCAACAAUGGAUGUAUCACACGAUCGAUCCCACAAAAUGAAUAGCUAGAAAAUCUUGUAAAAACCACAAAUUGACAUUAAAUCGAGCGUUUCGUACGAUGUGACAUAACGCCAUCUAGCGGUUACAUCUUGGACUUUUAAGUGAAAGUGCUUCGAGUCUGCGGUUAGCGUUCGAUUUUCAAAAUGAAGCUCAAUUUGUUUAAACGGUCGAUGAUUUUCGCGACUUUCUUCGGUUCGUGCUUGUGUAUAGCUUUAAUUGUUGCGUCUUUGGGAACUACACAUUGGAUUGAUGCACGUGCUAAGAGGACUUCGAACCCUCUGGAAUCAGAGGGUAGGAUCAGUUUUGGAUUAUUCGAAGGCCAGAAAGAGCUGAACUUUGGGUACGGAUGGAGGAAUCAUAAUUUUAGUGUGAAGGCAGGCACACACCCAGCAAGGCGCUGGGCUUGGUGCGGCACAGCCGCUCAGCUAGGAGCAGCAUUGGUCUCCGCUGGUGGAGCUUGCGUACUCGCCGCGCUCGGCUCGGCGGCCCGCGAGCGUUGCGAGCCGCGCUCGCUCCUCAUUGGGAACUCUUUGGCAGUUGUGUUCAGCUUAGGAGCUGUGUCAGUUUGGAUGACAGAGUACUUUCUCAGGCUACAGCAUAACGUGAUGUCAGCUGAAGACCUCGCCAACACCUGGGCAUCCGACGGCAUGGCGGAUUUGGGGCUCUCGUUUUGGUUAGUAGUAGGUGCGUCAAUAACAGCAUUCAUAAACAACAUAUGUAUAUUAAUCGCUAUGGCGGACGGCCGUGAUAUGGACACUAUUGCACCAGCUUUGGAGGAGAAGGUAAACGGAGCUAUAAUGCUUUAUUAGAAUGUAUUGUAGCUCUUGUCGGCGGCUUCGUCCGCGUGAGUUUAGCGAACAAAGUUUUGUCAACCUAUUUUUGGAAAUUUCGUGUGAUAAGAAUCGAGAUAUCAAAAUUUUAGAUCAUAACCACUUUAUUUUUGUUUUUAAAGUAUUCUAUAUUCUUACGCGGAGUUUCACAUAUAUCAGGCUUUAUUAGCUCGUAUUGUAGCUGUUGUCCGCGGCCUCGUCCGCGUGAGAUUCGCGAACAAUGUUUUGCCACACAUUGGAAAUAAAGAUAAUAUCAUCCAUAUACAUACCUGAUGAAAAUCCAAGAUGUUAAACAAUUUAUUUUUGGUUUUAUAGUAUCCUAUGUUCUCAUCAAUGUCUCUAUUAAAAAUUUACGAAAAUCAUAUUAAUUUCGAAAUAAAAAUAUCUUAUAAUUUUGUUUAUAUAUAAAUCAUGUUUAUAAUUUUGUUCUUAUUACCCAUAUAUUAACAUCCGAUAUUCAGACUUAAUCAAGUAAAGAUAAUUUCUGAUCAAAUCUGCGAGAAUCUCACCUGACAAAUUAUUAUCAGUUUUUGAGUCUGAAAAUAAUCAAAUUAAUUCUACAAUAAUUUUGUAAGUAUAAAAUUUUUCGAAAUUUAGGUGACAAAAGUUGAAAAAUAUUUUUAUUUUUAGUAUAAUAUUCGGUUUAUAUAACGAAGGCUGAAAUUUAGAUUAGUAUUUAAUUAUAGAAUAAAUAACAUAUAACUCGGACUCGAAAUCAAAAAAUAUUCGUUAAAACGACUUCAUUAUUUGGUGUAGCUAUACGAAAUGCAGAUUUUUUUUUGUAUAAUCCUUUAAAACGUUCUAGAUUAUUUGUAUUAAACCGUAUAAUUAAUGUUUAUCUCUAGUACAUUCCGUCCAUUUAGUAUUUAAAAAUAAUUAUAAUUAUUAAUUUUACUUAUAGAUAAUUAAUUUUAAUUAUUAUUAAGUGUAUAAAUGUGUAUUAAUAUGUUUUUAAUGCGUUACAUUUACUUUUAAAUUCCGUCCAUAUUCUCUUUAGAAAUUGAAAGCAACACAGGCCUCCGCUAAUGUGGAAAUCUGUGCUGCAUUAAUAAUAGAAAUUACCUCAGUUAAGACAAUAAUAUGUAUGUAUGUAUGUAUGUUUGUCCGUCCAAACUAAACAGCACUUAUUUUUACAUAGUCGUGCCAUUAGAUUAAGUUUUGUAUGACUUUUUGUAUGUUUCUUUUGUGAUA